GGCCGAGGGAGCCCAGCUUUCCGAGUCCCGCGCACGGAGGCAGCGGAGCGCCGGGGAGCGGACACCCGGCGUCCACACGUCGCCAUGGGGCUCUCUCGGAGCCCGCCGCCUCCGCCACUGGUCCUGCUGCUGGUGCUGUCGCUGUGGCUGCCACUUGGAGCAGGAGACUUCCUUCCCACAGAGAACAGGCUUAUGAACAGCUGUAUCCAAGCCAGAAAGAAAUGCCAGGCUAAUCCCGCUUGCAAGGCUGCCUACCACCGCCUGGCUUCCUGCACCUCAGGUGUGAGCACCCCACUGCCCUUCGAGGAGUCUGCCCUGUCUCCGGACUGCCUCGAGGCAGCACAACAACUCAGGAACAGCUCCCUGAUGGGCUGCACGUGCCACCGGCGCAUGAAGCACCAAGCUACCUGUCUGAACAUUUAUUGGACCGUCCACCCUGCCCGAAGCCUUGAAUAUUUCCAGCUGAGCACGGUGGCGCACACCUUUGAUCUCAGCAGCUGGGAGACAGAGGCAGGUGACUACGAGUUGGAUGUCUCCCCCUAUGAAGACACAGUGACCAGCAAACCCUGGAAAAUGAAUCUCAGCAAGCUGAACAUGCUUAAACCAGACUCGGACCUCUGCCUCAAAUUUGCCAUGUUGUGUACUCUUAACGACAAGUGUGACCGCCUGCGCAAGGCCUACGGGGAGGCCUGCUCAGGGCUUCGCUGCCAGCGCCACCUCUGCCUCGCCCAGCUGCGCUCCUUCUUUGAGAAGGCGGCCGAGUCCCACGCUCAGGGCCUGCUGCUGUGUCCCUGCGCGCCGGAAGAUGCGGGCUGCGGGGAACGCCGGCGCAACACCAUCGCCCCCAGUUGUGCUCUCCCUUCCGUGCCCCCCAAUUGCCUGGAUCUGCGGGGCUUCUGCCGCUCGGACCCUCUGUGCAGAUCACGCCUGAUGGACUUCCAGACCCACUGCCAUCCUAUGGACAUCCUCGGGACCUGUGCCACUGAGCAGUCCAGGUGUCUGCGGGCAUACCUGGGGCUGAUUGGAACUGCCAUGACUCCAAACUUCGUCAGCAAGGUCAACACUAGCGUGGCCUUAGCCUGCACCUGCCGCGGCAGUGGUAACCUGCAGGAUGAGUGUGAACAACUGGAAAGGUCCUUCUCCCAGAACCCCUGCCUCAUGGAGGCCAUUGCAGCUAAGAUGCGUUUCCACAGACAACUCUUCUCCCAGGACUGGGCAGCCUCUACUUUUUCUGUGACGCCACAGCAGAACAAUCACCCUGCUCUGAGGCCGCAGCCCAGGCUACCCGUUCUUACAUUCUUCGUGCUUUCGUUGAUUCUGCCUCAGACCCUCUGGUAGCUGGGCUUCCCCGGGGUCCUUUGUUCUCUCCACUGCACCCAGACGACUUGCAGCCUGUUAUGAAUGAGAAAAUGACAGCCCCUGGAAGAAGAUGCCGUGGGCAGCCCGGCAUCAAUGAACCAACCAGGCAUCCUCCUGCAUCUCCUGUGUGCUCCAGAUGAGAUCUUAGUGGAAUCAAGGGGCUGUGGCCUUCAGAGCCUGGGAGGCGAGUUUUCAAAAGUCCCUUACCCCUGCUUCUGGCGCAGGCUGCCUUUCCUUAGGACUAUCCAGCUUGGCCUUAUAUUCUGGUGGGGACUCGCUCCACCUCCCAGCCCUUCUUCCUCUUUACCAGGACCACCCAGAGCCUAAUACAUCAGUCAUUCCUGUUGCAUUCUCCAGGCAGGAGGGGCUGAGGGUUCUGAGGCAGCACAGCAAGAAGGUCCCUUUGUGAGGAAGGCUAGUGCUCCAGCCCCUCCUCCCCUCGCUGAGGAAGGUGGGAACCUGUUGUCUUCACUGCUUUGCCAGGCAACUCUGAACAUUUGGGCAUGAAGAGCUAAAGCCUUUGGGUCUUGCUUAACGCCUACUACUGUCCCCAAGCGCCCCUGGCCCCUUAUGUCAUGAUUAAACGUUUUGACUGAA